AUGUUAGAUUCCGAAGCUAGCACCCCCCAAACAGAAGCCCUCGGCGUGUCCCCAGUACCAGCCAGCACCGAUCUCUGCGACGAGACCAGCUAUCCCGAAGGCGGGCUCAAAGCGUGGUCGGUCGUGCUAGGGGCCUGGUGUGCAAUGAUCCCUUCUAUGGGGUUAUUGAACAGCCUGGGAGUUUUGCACGCAUGGACCAGCACCCACCAGCUCAAGGAUUAUUCCGAAUCCAGUAUUGGCUGGGUCUGCGGCGCCUACGGGUUUUUCCUGUAUUUUGCAGGUGCUCAGGCCGGUAUAUGGGGACCCGAUCAGUUUGUCCUGGGAGGACUCUCCGCUGGCACACUCUUUACUCCCGCCGUCUCAGCAGUUGGACAUUGGUUUAACGUGCGCCGGGGCUACGCCACCGGCAUAGCCUGCACUGCCGGCGGUAUUGGCGGGGUGGGUUUCCCUCUGAUCAUUUUAUUUGCCGCCCCUCAAGUCGGCUUUCCCUGGGCAAUUCGCAUCAUCGCCCUGCUAUGUCUGGUGCUAUGUACAGUUGCAUGUCUCCUCCUGCAGACUCGACUGCCACCGAACCAGAAAGCCGGAGCCUCGAUCGACCUCGCCGCUCUCAAGGAUAUGAGGUACGGCUCGACGACCGCAGCCAUCUUCCUCGUCGAGUUUGCAGUCUUCAUCCCAAUCACCUAUAUCGCAUCUUAUGCCCUCCACGUCGAGGUCGAAGAGACCAUGGCCUAUCUCCAGAUAGUGUUUCUCAACCUCGGCGCCAUCCCCGGCCGCUUCUUGCCUGGCCUGAUAGCCGAUCGACUGGGCCGGUUCAAUGUGAUGGUCUUGACAUCGCUGGUGUGUGCCGUCCUGACUCUGGCACUGUGGCAUGCGGCUGAAACCAACCUGGCUGCGAUCAUCUGCUAUGCGGUUUUGUUUGGUUUCUGGAGUGGCGCUGCGAUUAGCUUGACGCCCGUGUGUAUCUCGCAGGUGUGCGCCACCGAGGAUUAUGGGAAGCGGAAUGGCACUACAUUCACAAUCGUUAGCGUGGGAACUCUCACGGGGAUUCCUAUCGCGGGGGCUAUUCAGCAGCGUGAUGGUGGGGAGUAUGGGGGACUGAUUCUGUUCGGUGGAUUCUUGUAUCUCGCUGCUGCUGUUGCAUUUGCAGUGGCGCGCGGUAUCUGUCGAGGAUGGUCUCUUGCAACUAAAUUUUAG